CCGAAGCAACUGUGACACGCAGGGCGGGGAGACAGAGCAACCUUUAAACAAAAGCAAUACUCAUCAUCAUCAGUAUAGAAAUCAUUGUAUCAUCGUCGUCAGGAGCAGAUUAAAGGCAGCAUCAGCAUCGCUCAGCUGAAAGCAACGCGAUCAGAAACAGCGACAGUAAGACAGAAAGACAGAGAGAGAGAGACACGGUGAGUUUGAGACAGGGAGACAGACAGAAAGACACAGAGAGACACGGUGAGCUUGAGACAGGGAGACUGAAAGACAGGAAGAGAGAGAGGCAGGAAGCGACAGACAGACACUGGGAGACAGACAAACUCGGGAGACAACGCAUUUUCUCCGCUCGUCCCAGCUGUUGACGUGGACACGAAUCGACUCGCUCUUCAUCAUCAUCAUCAAAAUCUCAUCGUUGAUAAUCUCGUCGUCGCUUUGCGAGUCUAAAGUCGGGGUUCGCAGUCGUCGAGUUGACGUUAUGCGGGGGACGUCAGUCUCGGAGGUUGCUACAAAUCAUGGGCGAGAGUAACUCGGGUCUCGUCCAAGCCGCGACAAUCACGGACACAAUCGUCGACGUCCUUGGAUGUUCCUAACAUCGUCCACGACGACUUUGUUGUUGUUGGAUCAGCGGCGGAGCGGUGGUGCAGCGGUUAGCGCAGCCGCGCUGCGAAAACCACUCCAACCUGAGUUCGAUCCACCGGCGUUCGAAACGCGGCUAACGUCAGCGGCGAGUUAUAUCUGAGCCGGUCCCGUAUCGUCGCAUCCCCUUCUCUUCUCUGCCAACACCGCAGCGACCAGCGUGGUGAAGUAUGGACAAUUAACCCUCCAACCCCCCAAGCCCCCCCCCCGUGACACACACAACGGUGGGGGAAGCCCUUCAUCUCGCAGUGGAUUGAGUAAGCGCCGUGGAUUGUUAUUAUUCUGUAUGAGACGUCGUGAUGGAAAGCCGGUGCAUGCAGACGCUAACCCGAGCGGCGAUUAAUUAACAUCUCUUACGAUAGAGGGGUUCGUAACGCGUACAACUUUAGUCCUGUACAUUAUAGGAACAACGGGAAAACGACGGUCGUUAUAACGAUCUGAGAUAGAAGGGAGGCUGACCACAACUAAAUAAAUCAGGACAUUAUCAUCAUCGUCGUCAUCGUCGUCUUGAUCAUCAACAUCGGCCAUCAACCCAUCAUCAGCAACAGCAGCAGCAUCGGCACCAAUCGACGGGGUAAUCGCGAGAAAGUCAGCGGAAGAGGAGGCGAGUGGACAUGGCAGCGAGCAUCGCGAGCGAAGAGGAGGAGGCGUUGGGGUGCCGCCGCCGCUGCUCGCGCUGCGUGGGUGCCACGCCGUGCGGCUCGCUGCUCGCCACCGUCGUGUGCCUGGCCGGCGUGGGGCUGUUCUGCGGGGCGGGCCACCAGGCCCUCGGCGCCACCGAGGAACUGCUCCGCCACCGCUUCGCCUACCCCACGGACGACGGAGGGGAGGAUGGGGAGCGGAGAGGGAUCGGAAAACUGAUGGACGUGCUGCGUUACGUGCUCUACGGCCUGGCCGGGGCCUUCUGCCUCUACGGUGCCGUGCUGCUGUGCGAGGGCGCCGCCUCCACGCGCGCUCGCCGCCGCUCAUACAGCGGGGGUAGCGGCGCGUCCGCGUGCGCCACCUGCGUCAGCGGCUGGUUCAUCCUGCUGACCUUCGUGCUGGCGCUCGCGUGGCUCGGAGUGUUCGGCCUCUCGGCCCUGCCCGUCUACAUGGCCGCCUCCGUGCUCUCCGCCUGCCACUCGGUGACCCCCCCGGCCGGGUCACUCGCCCCGCCGGCCCCCAGCCGCGUCUGCGUCGACUUGCGCCAGUUCGGCGUCAUCCCGUGGAACGAGACCGCGGGGGUGCUGUGUGACACACCGCUGAGUGACAUGUGCGACAGCUCCGAGUUCACGACCGCCUUCUACCUGUACGCGGCAGCGAGCGCGGGAGCAGCGCUCACCGUGCUGUCCAUGCUCAUCUACUGCUCCGUGCUGGUGUACAACUUUGGUGUCUCGCGCCUCUACCGACGGGAGGAUUACUGCACCAAGCUGUGAAGGGAGCGGGCAUCCAACUCCCACCCAUGCCCACGGGGCACCCAGAGAUCGGCAGAACAAAGGGGGGCAGAAAAACGCUUAGGCACUCACUCACCGACUCAAUCGCUCGCUCGCUGACUUGCUCACUCAAUCACUCGCUUGUUUACUCACGCAUCCACUCACUCAAUCUCUCGCUUACUUACCAUAGCACUUGUGCCAAGACCCCUCUCCGACCACCACGCAUCUCUCUUCCCCUCCCCCCCGAGUUUUGUCACCGAUCCACAGUUCUAUGGCAGGGGCCAGUCUCUCCAUAUACGACAACCACUGUUGACUGCCCAUGAAGUGGUACCUAUUUUAUCGACCCCAGAGGGAUAACAAUGAUGGGCUGAAUCGAUCUCUUAACCCAGGAUCAAACUCACAACUUUCCGACCGUGUGUUGUAUACUCUGCCAUAGUCCUGCCAUCACUGCGAUGGGUUCCGUGGGGUUUUAACUGCCAAAGUUAAAUAAAUGGCUGGGGACUGCAUGAUCGCGACAGCAUUGUCUGCCACACGGGGCUGGUGACAGACACCUGGCCACCACUUGCCGUGACAUUGACAAUGAUAGUUAAACAGGGCUCUGCGGUGGCGAGAUGUUAUCUGCCUCGCCUGAUAUACAGGAGGUCGUGGGUUUGACCCCGACCCUGAUGCCUGCUGUAUAUUUGGAGUUUGCAUGUUCUCCCUGUGGUCGCGUGGAUUUUUCUCCGGGCCCUCCGGUUUUUUUCCUCGACAUUAGAAUCAACAUGCGCUUUAUUUGAACGCUAUACAUUUCCACGCGAUACACCACUUCGUUGAGCUAUAAUUUGUGGCCAGGUCGCCUCUGAAAAAGAGCCGUUAGUUCAGUGGGCCUUACAUGGUAAAAGAAAAAUAGUUUAUAGGGUUCACAAAGGCCGUGUCAGAGUCACCGAGAAAGUUCCAAAGGGAUACCCGGGUUCGAAUCGGUCGGGGGUUGCUGCCGCCCGUGAUGAAACCGGCUUCGGCUUCCCAAGGGAGAUGACGACUUCAUGGUCUCAGACCUGGGUCACUGAUGACAGCACACACAAAAAGUCCCACCGCGUUGAAGGUAGUUUUUCACGUAAAUAUAGAACACGUUUAGCGGUGAGGAUUUACGUUUCGGUUCGAGCGUUGUCAUUUUGACAAAUGCUGUUAACAAGGCACGUAUUAAUACACGUGUGCCACCUAUUGUGGAAUUUAUUUGAGGCCCAGUGAAGGUGACAUCGGCGGUGCGAUGUCACCUUCCCCACGGCCGUACUGGAGCACAAAGUGACGCAACCGCUCAGCUGCGAUCGUUUCGACAAUGGAAAUCUAUUCGUCUCGUGACGCUCAGAGAAGCACAAAUUGGAAUUAUAAUUAAAAGCAUUUUAAGGCACAUAUAUAUAUUUUAAAGAAGCAAAAAUAGAUUUUUUUAUUCUUUCAAAAUACCGCCAGAGCACCGGAAACACUGGGUAGGCGGAGCAAAGGAAGUUUCAGAGGUCGCUCUUUGAUCGUCGAGUACUGAAGCACAGCGUUUAAUUUCGUAACGAGACCUCGUAAUUGGUGUAAUUGUAGCGAUCGGGCUCGAGCAGGGGUGGGAAACGUGCGGCCCACGUGCCAGAUGCGGCCCACGGCUUCACUUGGGUAAGGUCCGCGUCCACACGAGGGCGACUGCCACUUCGAAACGGCCCACAAAACGAUCUUCAUCCGUCACCGCGGACACCCCACACGCGUGGAUUUUGCCCGGGUGCUUUGGUUUCUUCCCACGUGUUAAACACUCAUUAAUUGGCCGAUGACACCUUCGUAUAUAGAGAGGAUGGCAGAGCUUGGGGGGUGGGGGGGAAUUUGGCGCUGGUUCACUGGCUGUUGUUCCUCCUGUGCGGCGUGAUACAAGUUGAAAUUAUUGUUAUUAUUAAUCGGUCACCUGUUUCCUUUCACGGAGUUCUGAGCACACGGUCAAUUGCGUGGCGAGCCACUGAAGGUGUUUCAGAGUCCUAUUCGGCCCUCGGUAAGGUAAAAAAAAGUUACAUCUGUAAGGCAGAUUGUGACCUGUAGACCCGCGUUUCCAAUCACACAAAACACGAAGUCUAUUCUUUGUACACGGGAAAGGCUGACGGAUUUCGAAGACUCAUUUUUACGCUGGGUCCUGCUACGUCGGGAUGUUUGGCCAUUCCAUCGAUGAGUGUGUGACUUGUGGAAAGGCAAACAGGAAUGUGUGGAGAAAACUGAUGCACACGAGGGGAUAAUACACAAACGGAUUUAAUCCACAGACAGAACCACGCCCUAUGUGGAUCAAGCCUAUGGCUGUACUGCCAUCUCCUGCCCCCCACCCCUCUCUCUCAGUCCGAGAUGUCAGAUUUUAAAAUAAGUACUCAAAAGUGAAUCAACUACUUGCUAACAGCAUGAAUAAUUCUAUACGUCCUUGCUAAUAAUUUAAAAUCCCUUCGAGGCAAAUAUGCCUUCGAGGCAAGCACAUGUAGUGAACUUAUAAUCACAACAAUAUAGUUACUUUAUUCAAAAUCAAUUAAACGUCAUAGAAAGCAUACAUUCAAAGUGCACCCAUUUUCAGUGCAAGGUGCACACCAGACCAAACAGAGUGCACCCACCCACGUGCUGAGACAAGGCUCUGCUCGCACGCGCGUGUGAUUGGCCGGCGCGUUUCGACGACUUGCCCCCUGCCCCGCCUCCUGCCUGCACGCUAAUCCCCCUCCCCCCCUCCCCCCACCACCCCACACAGGAGGGCUAGACUUUUAGUGUGGCACCGUGCGUGUUUCUAGCGUUAUUUCCCGCAAUAGACUUUAUUUUUGUUGGAGUUGUGUGUUUUUUUUAAACUAGUCCAAUGUUGAGUAUUAAUAAAAUGUGCGUAGCGUUUUAGGCGACUUUGAUGUCGUGAAACUUGUAUGUGGUGAGGUCAUCGGACUACGGUUCCCCAGCUCUGAACCCCAACUCCUGACCCCAAACCUUCACCCCCCACCCUAUCACUGAUCCCUAACCCAUAUACUGCACCCCACAAACCCCUAACUCCAAGCCCUAAUCCCCAACUCCAACCCUUAACCUCCUAACCCCCUAUCCCCAACCCCUAAUCCCUAACUGCAACCCCGAACGGUAAACACCUAACUUCCAACAACUCCGUAGCCCCUCGACUCCUAUAAACCCAGUAGUAGUAUGUUUUUACCCUUUAAACUGGUACAAAACUGAUACCUUAAUACAAGGCAUCAUGUUUGCAAUAACCAUAACACAAGCAGUCAAAAUGCAAACAAAAAGAAACAACACUGAUAAUGAUAUGCACUGUCCUUGAAGUUGAUUGGUCCACACCCGAGACAGCUUUGCUUAGAGCUUAGUCCAGAUGACGCCAAAAGGUGUACAUUAUCAGAGUUGUUUCUUUUUGUUUGCAUUUUGACUGCUUGUGCUGUGGUUAUUGCAAACAUGAUGCCUUGUAUAAAGGUGUCAGUUUUGUACCAGUUUAAAGGGUUAAAACCUACUACUAUAUUUUGCCACUGGUAAAGGAGGUCUCAUAGUGUAAAUCCUAUAAACCCCUUUUCCCACAGCCUUUCCCUCGGCAACUGGAUGGCACGGCAUCAUCCCCACGUGGCGUUCGUUUUACCACCCACCGCAAAGGAAUGUCAUUGCUGAUGACGAUGAUGGCGGUGAUGAGAGCGGUUGAAGGGACUGAAUUGGAUGUCAACGUGGCAUAUUGCAACUGGGGAAGAAGUCUCACCUCUCUAGAUUUGAAGCUUUCGUAACUGCAAGGAUUCAUACUCUUAGGUUUUUUUCGGUAAAGUCACGUAGGUAAAAUUUUUUAAAUUAAUUAAAGUAAAAUAAAACAAAUUAAAAAAUUCACGACGUUUCGGAAGCAACACAAGCCUCCGUCUUCAGGUGGAACCGUCACAGCCACGACA